AUGGCUGCUACUUCGUCGCAGACGCUCUACCACAGCGCUGCCAUCUUUGCCGGUGGUCUUGCCAUCGGCGCUGGCACGCUCGCUCUGUCGCGUGCUGCUUUCGCUCCCGCUCACAAGCCCAACAAGUCGAUCAAGCGUAAGGUCUCGGACGCCAAGCUGCGCUCCAGCGAAUCCAAGUCGUCCUCUACCACUGCUGUCACUGCCAAGGACGCUUCCACUCCUCUCGCUGGCAUCAACGGUACCGGCCGUGUCGACCCUCCUGCUUCCAAGCAGCUCGACGAUGUUGACGCCAAGGGUCCCGGACCUGUUGCUCCUGCCAAGCCACAGCUUCCUGGUCACGUCGCUCCCAGCGGCGUCGAUGCUACCGCCGGCGGCCAGAAACUCACUGGCCUCGUCAACUCUCAGCCCGACAACGCCGCCGCUCCUGAGCCUUCGCCUGCCAACCGCGCUAAGCACCUCGAGGCUCGCAUGGACCUCAGCACCGUCCAAGGACCCACCGAGGCCGAGAUUGCUGCCAAGGUCGCCGCUCAGUCUUGGUUGCUCGGUGUCUCCAGCACCAAGCUCACCAGCACUGCUGCCAUCGACUCGAUCGCCUACGGCAACAGCACUGCUAUCUUUAGCUACGAGAGCGAGGCUAACGGUGGCUUUGGCUCCUACAGCGAGAAGGAGGCUCAACAGGCUGCCGAGAAGGGCUGGUUCAAGAACCGUCCCUCGGUCUUCAAGAUGCAGACUCGCUCCGGUGCUGGUAAUGCCAUCAUUGGCUACCUCAACAGCAAGGGUGGCUCUUCGUCCACUGAGCCCGCCAAGGUUGUGACCGCCCUCACCAACGCAGCUGGCUUCGCUGCUAUGGCUCCCACUCUCGCCUCUUACCACGGCUCUGACAACGCCAAGCUCGUUCUGCACGUCUCGGCUGCUACCUACAAUGCCGAGCACGAGGACGAGCUUGCCAUCACCAACGACUACGCCUCGGUUCUCUCGGCUGCUGCUGCCCUCGGCGACUCGUUCGAGGUGCUGCUCUCCGCUACUCGCCAGGAGGCCGUCGAUUUCGCUCAGUACGCCUACCAGUCCAACAAGAACGUCGUUCAUGUCUUUGACGGCGCCUUUGCCGGUCGCGAGGUGGGCCUUCUCAACAUCCCUACCAAGGGUCAAAAGGUCGACGUGCCCGAGCCUUUCAACUUUACUGGCUCGCCCAAGGCCCAGACCGUCCUCGUCGUCCCCAGCGGCUCCCACAGUCAGGCUGCUCGUGCCGUGCUCGUCACCUUGCCUCCUGCCGUCCGCCACAACGUCGGCUUGCUCUCGGUCCGCAGCCUGCGAGACUGGGACGAGGCUGACCUCCGCAAGGCUCUGCCCAAGUCCGUCGAGAGCCUCCACAUUCUCGAGGAGGUCUCUGGCGGUGCCGACUCUGCUCAGCUCUACGAGGACAUGGUCUCGUCCGUUUUCGGCAGUGAAUUCGCCGGCUCCGACGUGCCCUCCCACGUCUUCCCCGUCGCCAUCGCACCUGGUCAGGACCUGACCGCAGGCGAGCUUCACAAGCUGCUUGAGACGCUCAGCGCCAACCACAAGACCGCUCUGAAGCUUCAGGAUGUCCUCGACGAGGCUGCCGAGACCCACGCCGACCUGCUCGCCCUCUCCGGUGCUUCGGUUGUCACCUUCUUCGAUAGCGAGACCAGCCCCACCGCUCCUCUCGCUCAGCUCACCGCUCGCGCCAUCCGUGACCGCGGUGCCGACACUCAGCUUCACGCUCGUCUGCUUUCGCGUUACGACAACUUUGAGGCUUCGGGGAUCAUUCGCUCCGACAUCAUCCUCUCCAGCCGACCCGAGUCCGCUGCCGACGCCCCCAUCGUCCUGGCCGCCGAGGAGAACGCGGCCAAGGUGCUCGUCGUCAGCGACCCGGCUACCACGCUCAAGAGCUACGCUCCCUUCCAGUCGCUCGUCCGUGGCGGCACUGUCAUCUUCAACACGCCUGGUUGGGAGGUUGCCGAGCUCGACUCGAAGCUGCGUGCCGAGGACAAGCGCGUGCUCGCUCAGAAGAGCGCUCGCCUCUUGCUCGUCGACGCUGCUGCCGUCGUCGACAAGCUCAACACCAAGACUGCUAACGCUAGCGGUGGUAAGGCCAAGGUGGGCGACAAUGUUGUGCCCGCCGAGAUCGCCGCCGCCGUGCUCCUCGUCGCUGUUUUGCGUGUCCAGCUCAACACGUCUGGCGCCGCCCUCGCCGCUUUCCUCAAGCGUGUCAUCGGCACGGCACCCGUCGGUAUCGAUGGUGUUGAGGGUCUCGUUACUGCUGCUGAGAGCGCCAUCCAGCUCCACGCCUUCAACGACGACGAGUGGUCCAAGGCCGAGCCCGUCUCGGAGGCCGAGGAGAACGCUCCCCUGCGUCCCACCCAGAUCCGCUACAACAGCUUCGGACCCAACCCUGACGCUGCAACUGUCGGCGUUGAGGUGGCUCCCUUCCGCAGCACGUGGGCCCAGUCUGCCUGGCAGCACCUCUUCUCCGAGGCGUACGACACCAAGCCCGAGGCCCUCCGACCCGAUCUGCCCGAGCAGACCUGGGUCGUCGAGGUCACCGAAAACCGCCGUCUCACUCCCGUCGACUACGACCGUAACGUCUUCCACAUGGAGCUCAGCACCAAGGGGACCGAUCUCAAGUACGAGGUCGGUGAGGCGCUCGGUAUUCACGGCUGGAACGACGAGCAGGAGGUUGCCGACUUCAUCAAGUGGGCUGGCUUCGAUGCCGACGAGAUCGUCAACGCUCCCAGCCUCACCGAGGCCGGCAAGCACGAGAGCCGCACCGUAUUCCAGACCCUGCAGCAGAACCUCGACAUCUUCGGUAAGCCUCCCAAGCGCUUCUACGAGGAGCUUGGCAAGCUGGCCAGCAAUCGCGACGAGGCUCGCUGGUUGCGCUUCAUCAGCUCCGCUGAGGGCUCGUUCACCUUUAAGAAGCUCUCGGAGAUCGAGACGCUCACGUACGCCGAUGUGCUCCGCAUGUUCCCCUCGGCCCGUCUGCCCAUCGACCAGCUGCUGACGCUCGUCGAGCCGAUCAAGCCUCGUCACUACUCGAUCGCUUCGGCUCAGGCUGCUGUCGGCGAGUCGAUUCACCUGCUGAUCGUCACCGUCGACUGGAAGACGCCCAGUGGUAGCCCUCGCUACGGUCAGUGCACGCGCUACCUGUCGCAGCUCAAGCCCGGUGCCAAGGUCACCGUCUCGCUCAAACCCUCGGUGAUGAAGCUGCCACCCAUCGACUCGCAGCCCAUCAUCAUGGCCGGUCUCGGUACCGGAGCUGCUCCCUUCCGUGCCUUCAUCCAGGCUCGUGCGCACAAGAAGGCCCAGGGCAUCGACGUCGGUCCUCUUGUCUACUACUUUGGCUCGCGCUACCGUUCCUCCGAGUAUUUGUACGGAGAGGAGCUCGAGGCUUACACGCAGGACGGCGUCAUCCAGCACAUGGGCCUCGCCUUCUCGCGUGACACGUCCAAGAAGGUCUACAUCCAGCACAAGAUCCUCGAGGACGGCGAUCUGCUGACGCAGUACCUCGGUCCCGAGAUCGAGAAGCUCGAGAAGGCUGGUGGCAAGGCCGAGGUGGUCCUGCAGGACGGUCUCAUCAACGACGAGGACGUCGAGGAGGGCCAGAAGGGUUACUUCUUCGUCUGCGGUCCUACCUGGCCCGUGCCCGACAUUCACGAGGCGCUCGUGGGCGCUUUCGUGAAGAAGGGCCUGACCAAGGACCAGGCCGAGAAGAAGAUGGAGGCCCUCAAGGAGGACGAGCGCUACGUUCUCGAGGUGUACUAG